AUGGUGGCUGAGUCAUGGUUUAGUAAUUGGAGGUGGAAUUCACGAAAAGUCUCUGCUGAAACUGAUAGGGAAGCAAUUGGAGUAUUGGCAUAUGAAGUUGCAGGCUUGAUGUCCAAGGUAGUUAGUUUAUGGAACUAUUUGAGUGAUAAAGAGAUCCAUGAGUUGAGGGAAGAGAUUGUCCGCUCAGUUGGAGUUAAAAGGCUUGUAGCUGAGGAUCAUGAUUACCUGAUGGAUCUUGCAAUAAGUGAGAUACUGGAGAAUUUCAGACUCAUGGCAAAAUCUGUGGCUCAGCUUGGGAGGAAGUGCAAAGACCCUCCUUUUUGCCGAUUUGAACAUUUUGUUAAUGACCCAGUUGGGAAUAAUCUUGAGUGGUUUGGGUGGCAAUAUAGAUUGAAGAAGAUGGAGAGGAAAGUUAAAAAAAUGGAGAAAUUUGUUGCAGUUACAAUGCAAUUGUCUCAGGAGCUGGAAGUUCUUGCAGAACUUGAACAGACUCUUAGGAGAUUGCAGGCCAAUGCUGACUUAGAUCGUGUGAAAUUGCUUGAUUUUCGGAAGAAAGUAAUGUGGCAGCGACAGGAAGUGAGACAUUUGCGGGAGAUGUCACCAUGGAUUAGAACAUAUGAUUACAUUGUCCGGCUUUUGGCAAGAUCACUUUUAACUAUACUUGAGAGGAUUAAGCAUGUGUUUGAGAUUAACCAACUCCCAUCUGCUCAGGGAAACAGCAAUUGCAAACAGAGGGAUCCAGAUUGUCUUCCUCGGACCCGUUCCUUUUCUGUUCUCAUGCAAUCUUCUAUACAUCCUUCAGAGGAUAUUCUACGUGGGUUCCGUUUGGUAUCUAUAGGAACAUCAGGUUCGACUUCAGGACUGGCUGCUGAGAAGUAUAAAAUAAACAAGAAGCAGCUUCAACCUCAUCAUCAGUCAUCCAGCCUACAUGGGAAGCAGUCUCGCUUGAAAACAAAGAGAUUGUCUCAUGUUGGUCCUUUUAAAGAAUGCAUGAUGACUGCAGGCGAUUCUCCUAUUUUGCAGACCUGCAAUUCUACUAUUCAUGGGUUUGCUGAAAGCCCCUCGUCCACUCUUGGCGAUGCUGCUUUAGCUCUCCAUUAUGCAAAUGUGAUCAUAUUAAUUGAGAAGCUAGCUUCAUCAUCUUGUAUGAUUGACUAUGAAACAAGAGAUGACCUGUAUGGCAUGCUUCCCACAACUAUAAGAGCUGCUCUGAAGGUUCGGCUAAAGGCAUAUGCCAAACCUCUCUCCACAUUUGUAUAUGAUGCUUCACUUGCAGCAGAGUGGAACCUGGCACUAUCACAGAUAUUGGAAUGGCUGUCUCCACUGGCUCAUAACAUGAUAAGAUGGCAGUCGGAGCACAACUUUGAGAGGGCACAAGAGGUUUCCAGCACAAAUGUGCUUCUGGUGCAGACCCUCCAUUUUGCGGAUCAAGCAAAAACCGAGGCUGCAAUAAUGGAACUUCUUGUUGGUCUGAAUUACAUCUGCAGGAUUAAUAGAGAACAUGAUGAAAAAGCUUUCCCAGAGUUUUCUGGCUGCAGAGCUAGUUAUUCUUAUGAACCAAAAAGGGCUUCUCGUGCAUAUUGUAUGGUACAAGAUUGA